AUGAAACCAAGGGUGGGCUACAUCUACUCGAAGGAGAUGGCGGACAACAGCUACUUCCCCGCAGACCACCCCAUGAAACCCCGCAGGUUCAAGAUGGCCCACUCCCUGAUCAACUCCUUCGGCAUGUACCUCCGCAUGGACGUCUACAAGUCCAAGGUGGCCUCGGCCGACGAGAUGACCAUGUUCCACUCCAAGGAGUAUAUCCGCUAUCUCAUGAACUAUGUCAGUCCGGACGCCGAGGAGCUGGUUCGCACUUAUGACGGGGAGAGGAAGACCAGGAGGACUCAUGACCAGAGGUUUGGGGAGACUGAUGACUGCCCUGUCUACAUGGGGCUGUACAAUUUCUGCCAGCAGGCCAUCGGCGCCAGCCUGGACUGCGCGGACCUCAUCAUCACGGGCGAGGCGGACAUCGCGAUCAACUGGGCCGGCGGAUUUCACCACGCCAAAAAAGGCGAGAUGUCAGGUUUCUGCUAUGUCAACGAUGUGGUCAUCUGCAUCCUCGAGCUGCUGAAGUUCUUCCCGCGGGUGAUGUAUCUCGACGUGGACGUGCAUCAUGGCGAUGGCGUGGAGGAGGCCUUCUAUGCGACCAACCGCGUGGUGACCGUGUCGUUCCAUGAGUACGGGGGUGGCUUUUUUCCGGGGUCAGGGUCGCUGGCGUCACGGGGGAGGGGCGCUGGCUAAAACUACGCGAUAAACGUGCCUCUGAAGAGAGGCAUGACCGACGAAUCCUACUUCGAGCUGUUCCGCAAAGUGGUCGACGAGGUGAUCGCACACUACCGGCCGGACGUGGUGGUGAUGCAGUGCGGGGCCGACACCCUUUCGCGGGACAGGCUGGGGCAUUUCAAUCUCUCGGUGAAGGGACAUAGCAGGUUGGUCUAGCACAUGGCGUCGAAGCAGGUGCCGCUGAUCCUCCUGGGGGGAGGCGGGUACACGAUCGAGAAUGUGGCGCGGUGCUGGGCGUAUGAGACCAGCAGGGUGGUCGGGAUGGAGUGUGAGGGGAAGAUUCCGGCCUCCGAUGAGUUUAUCGAUCAGUACGAGGAGGGGGCUAGCUUGCACUUUUCUGUGGAGCAGGAAGAAAACCACAACACGAGAGCCGACCUGGAAAAUCUGCAGGCCGAGGUGCUGGAAGUAAUCCGGUGCAUCAACCGCCCCGCCGCAGAGGCCCGCAACCCAGCCGACCUGGGCAUCGAAGGUCGCUAA